UAACUGAGCUGCGAGAGCUCGGCUCACGUCCACCAACGCUAGUUACUUAUGCACCGUUACCACCGGGUGAAGGACAAGCAUGGUGGAAAACUAACCCGGAGAAGAACAAGAGCCAGUGCUGGAAAAAACAGAGGAACACAGAGGACGAGGAGAAGAACAUGUGAACUGGGAACAGGAGAACAAGGAAGCGGACUCAGGUGCAAUAGGGACAGAGCAGGUGUGAUGAAAUAGUCAUGAGGAGAGGCAGAGUCUAGCUUGAGUUACACCUGCCGCUCCUAAAGUAAUGAAGGAAAGAGCCAGAGGAGGAACAACACAGAGAUGGGGAGAAGAAGGAGAGAUACAAGACGCUGGCAAGGGCACUAGUGAAGUCUCAGCAGCAUUGAGAAGAUCCUGCUAAGAUUGCACUUAUCGCUGUAUUUAGGAGUGAAAAGUCUCUACCUUCACCUCAGCGAUGUAAAUUAUUCAAGAACACUUGGAAUCCGUCACAAUCUGCCAAUCAGGGAAAUUAAGACACAAACAACAGCUCUAAAACAAAGCGUGAGCUCUGAGAGUGGACCUGAAGAACUCAUCUGCAGUCUCAAGGAACAACCAUUACUGAACUAAGAGACCUAAAGCAUGACUCGACUGGAACCGGCACUUCAGCGCUCAGAAAGUCGCUCUGCAAUAGAAAUGCAGAGUAGGAGAGGGAGCACUAACACGAGCAGAAGAGGAAGCAUCAGCAUGAGCAGAAGAGGAAGUGUUAGCCAACACACAGAGACUAGAAGAGAAACAGAACAAAGCAGCAGCCGCGCCAUUUUUAAACGAGCCAAUCGCUUCCUUUCACGGGACAGGGAACAGGAAGAUGGCAGUACUUCCUCUCCUGUACGCCACUUCGAGAGAGGCCACCCUCUUCCAGCCAACCACAGUCCUGAGCGCAAAGCCACCAUCCCCUUCCGAAACCCGGACCUGGGUCUCCCGUCCUAUAGGAGGCGCUCCGACUAUCUCAGCAACGAGGCAAUGAGCGGCCUCUCCCCCCAGCGACACAUGUCCUAUUCGAAUUUUAGACGCGGAGACAGCCAAUCCCGUGCAAGCCCUCGCUCUGGCAGCCCAAGAUCUACUAACGUCUCGCCGCAAAGACGAGGGGAAUCGCGCAGUUCGUCUCAUCGCCGAGGUUCCACUGCACACCGGACAUCCCACACUUCCUCUCAGCAGCCUUCUGGGAAAUGCACUCCAUCACGAAGACGAGAUUCGGUGGUUACGCGCACCACGUCUCCCUCGCGAAGCUCGGGUACGAAUAAAUAUGAUUCCUUUAGCCCCGCCCACAAAAGAAGUCCCUCCCAGAGCUCUUACGGUCACAGCUUGGAUUCUGAAAAGCUGUAUAAGAAUCUCAAAUCGAUCGCAAGUUCAGCAGAGUCAGACGCAUCUGAAGAAAGGAACGGAUGGUCAAGACAUCCUGAUGUGGAAAUCGACAGAGAUUACAAUGAACGCAACCACAGUGGUCGUAACAGCGGUCGCAGCAGUCGUAAAAGUGGUGGCCGCAAUACUGGCUACAACAGCCGGGAUUUCUCUCCAACAGGAGGCUACUGUGAUGACAAAACAAGCCGCGUCAGUCGAAAUAGUGGUUACAACAGUCGCAACAGUGGUUCUAACAGCCCUGGCGCCUCAACGCCUUAUCAAGGUUACGAUAAACAUGCUACACUAAAAAACGGUACUUCGAAAAACAAAAGCCGCAGGAACGGUGGAUACUCAGACACCUCGGAUAAACAAUCCAGAUCUGAUUCCCGCCAAUCGCUAAGCCCCACCCACUCCCCUCUAAGUCCCGCCUCACCUGCAUCGACACCAAACAUCUCCCAAUCAAGGAGAAGCCGGAAUCAGAUUCCGUCCCCUGAUUUGUCUAAAUCCCAAGCCUUAAUUACAGAGACAGACAAGCUGGUCAAUGAUCGGAGCAGAAGCAACAUCAGGCGGGGCUUGGAGGCGCUAAUUCUUUCAGAGAACACCAGGUCUUCCAGCCAACCAGCAGUGCCAGAGAUGACCAUUGAGGACUAUGUGAUCAUUGCAGAUAUUCCCAGAUCGAAGCUGUACCCUGAGGAAGAAGAAGCAAUUAUAGUAAGGAGGAGACCGCAGAGCCGAAGCCCACGCAGAGACAAUCAGCAAAGCUAUGGGGAUGGGAGAUAUGACUAUGAGCAUGAGGUUUCAGAAGAGCGAGGCAGAGGAAGAGAAAGAGAGAGAGGAAGAGACCGCAGAGAGAAAGAGCGGAGACGUCUAGACAAAGAGAUGGGAGGGUCGUCAAAAACCAACAGCACUACGUCAGGCCAUUCACAGAGGUCCAGCAAAAAUGGAGAAAGCAUUAGGAUGGUAAACGGAAAACACAAAGGUUCAGAAGACCCCCCUCAGAUGCAGGGAUGGAUGUAUAUGCUGGAUGAAGAUGAAGAGUGGAGAAAGCACUGGUUUGUGAUCUCUGAUUCGGGACUGAGAUACUACAGAGAUUCUGCAGCUGAAGAGAGAGAUGAGGCGGAUGGUGAGAUUUAUUUACGUCACUGUUUGCGAGUGGAGGAAUUUGAUGCCGAUAAAAACUAUGGACUUCAAUUGCAUAUGCGUGAUGGACUGGUGACCCUGUCAGCGAUGACCUCCAGAAUCAGGAGGAACUGGAUCGACACACUGAGGAGAAUCACAUCCAGGGAUUCGACUGAGAGGAUUUGUGACAUCAGUGACAGAGAGAACUCCAGUUCCCAGAAUGCAUCCUCUCCUGCACCCCGUGACCCAAGGUCAGAUGUCGACGGUCUGUAUCAGAAUGAACCCAACAUGACGUCCUCACCAUUAUCCAAUCGGCGGGAGGCAGGCGAGGGCCGCGACCGUGAGCUUGAAAGACGCCUGGAAGACCGAACCAAGUGGUUCCAGGAGGGAAUUUCUGACAGGGAGGGCGAAGACCCCUGGGAUAAGGUAGAACUGAAGAAGGGCACUACGACUUCAGUCACUUUGACCCGGCCGCAGGUUGCUGACGCUCAGCCAGGGCCGGACAUCGAGAGGAAGUGGGCAGACUUUGAGCAGCUUCCAAUUGGAGAGCAGCAUUCGCCGGCUGAUUUCCAAAAUCCGCAAACAACAAAUGAGGUGCUUCAGCGAGAGGUGGUGUCUCUGAGGCAGCAGAUCGAGGCUCUUCGUCAGGUCCGCAAGGCGGCCAGUAUCUGCGGUCCUGAUGCGCCCUGUGCUCUCAAACUGGAUCAGAUGGAGAAGGAGCACAGAGAGAGACUGCAGAAGAUACACGAUGAGCAUGAGAGAGAACGCAGAGAGAUGGAGAGAGACAAACAGAGACUGCUGCAGGAGGAAGCCAAGAAUGCAGUCCAAGCAAUGGAGGCUCUGAGGAAAGCUCAUCAGGAGGAGAUUGAGAAGCUGAAGGCUUAUGGAGGAGGAGAGACGACAAACCCCUCCAUCAGACAACAGCUGCGGGAGUCGCUCUCUCUGCAGCAGGAGUUGGACGGUCUGUCGGAGCGUUAUUCCCAGCAGUGCGUGGAGCUCAACCGCGUACAGAACAGCACAGAAGAGCGAAACGGAGAGAUCCGACAGAAGGAGAGAGAGAUGGAGCAGCUCCGCCAAGAGAAUCAGGAACUGCAGGCACGUCUGACGGAGGAGAUAAGUCUCAUGCGAUCUUUCAUCACAGGCCAGAGGUCAGGAGUUGUUCCCUUCGGCAGCUAUGAAAGGAGCACCUCCGAAUUAGAGAUGUUACUAAAGGUGAAGGAGAGCGAAGUGGAGUUUCUACACAAGGAGAUCAGCUGUCUCAGGAAAGAGGUCCAAACUCUUACUAAGGAGAAUGAAGUAUUGAGCGAGCGCUACAAGCAGGUGUAUGUUGAGCUGACUGAAUUACGGGGCCGCAGUGAGCGAGACAUUAAUGCACUUAAAGAACACCUCAAACUCACUAAUGCUGCACUGGAGGAGGGGCGUCUCCUAGGCAACAGCACUGACCAAUGAAAACACAGCAAGGAGUUAAAUGAUGGAUGGGAUGCAUUGAUUUCGCCAUCCCUGUUUGGUCAUGUACAUACAGGAUAUUGUGUUAUGUGCAGCUCUUUUUUAAAAAUCGUAUUGGUUGGAAACAACAGUGGUGCUGAAAGUGAAUAAACAUUCCAUGCUCUUAAAACAAGAUAUAUUUUAAGUUAAACACAAUAAAAAAACAUUAAUCUGUUGGACUUGUGUGAAAGAUUGACUGUGUGAAUUUAACUGUAAUACGAUUGCAAGAUAAAACACGCAUACAUAUGUGACAAAAACGCAACCAGCAACUAACAUUCAAGCAAUUUAUUAAAUAGAAGAGAGGCGACUGAUGAGGGCAGCCUCAUGUCAUAUUGUCUUUGACAAUAUUUGGAAACAUAAAAACAGCUUUAAACUUUGGUUUAUGAACAUGGUUAGUGUAAUGCAGGAAUGUAAACACAAAAAUGUGUUGACAAUCUUCAUUAUUGCAUAAAUAUA